CAACACUAUCAAUUCACUGCAUCGUCAUCAGAAUACAAUACGAGCUUAACAUGACACAAAUUGGAAUCUUCCCCGCUUCUGGAGCCCUUGGCACCAGCACAUACACUCAUCUGCUAUCUCAAGUUCCUAACGACCAAGUCACGCUCAUCAGCCGAUAUCCCGAAAAAGUCCCCAAAAAAUAUGUGGAGAAUGGGACUACCGUUCGCCAGGCUUCUUACGAGUCUAGCGCUGCAGAACUCGAGUCUGCCUUUGCAGGGAUCGAUGUCCUCUUCUUGAUCUCGUAUCCUAGCCAUGUUCACGAGUAUAGGACGAAAGUGCACACUAAAGCACUUGAUGCGGCGGUCAAAGCACGAGUAAAGCAUAUUUUCUACUCAUCGCUUGGAUUCGCGUCGAUUAAUGAGAGUACUACCAAGGCUGAAGUCAUGGGUGCUCAUCUCGACAGUGAGGCGCAUCUGCGACAGCUUGCGAGCGCGAACAGUGGAUUGACAUGGACGAGUGUCCGAGAGGGACUUUACAGCGAGUCAUUCCCAAUCUACACAUCAUUCCUCGACCUAAAGAACCCACCAUCCAAGAUUCUCAUCCCUCAUGAUGGAAGUGGACCUGGAGUAAGCUGGGUCAAGAGAGAUGAGCUCGGAGAAGCGACUGCACGUCUCAUCGCUUCAUACGCGAAAUCACCAUCUUCAUUCAAAUACACCAACCAGAUCGUCACUUUAACCGGUCCUAAAUCAUGGACGUUGGCAGAGACCGUUGAAGUCCUAUCGCGCGUGGCAGGAAAGGAUUUCAAGAUCCAAGAAAUCAGCGUGGACGAGUAUAUCAACCUCCCUCAGAUCAAAGAAUAUUUCGGAACGGAGGAAAAGGCCAGGACGUGGGCUACAGCAUGGGACGCGAUUCGCGCUGGAGAAACAGCUGGUGUGACGAACACGAUGAAAGAGAUUCUGGGAAGGGAACCUGAGGAUUUUGAGAAGACUAUUGAGGAAUACGCCAAGAAUCAGCGGUCAGGUUGAUAGAAUUUCGGUGUUUGUUGAGGCUGAACGGUGAAGAUACAAGAAGAGAACUUUCGUGGAACGGUGAAUACAAUGCAUGAUAGUUCUAUUUUUAAAUGUGGAUAGUCUCUGUGCUACAAGGCAUGACGCGGUGAACGGAUCUGCGCCUCAUUUGGAUUAGAG